AUGUCAUCCAUAAACAAACUAACCUCCCUCUCUACCCAGACCCUCUCGCUUAUCCUUGAACGUCAACGCUUUCCCCACGCUGCAGCAACACACGAUGAGCGCAUUCAAGGGAAUAUGCAAGCCCUGCGGGACGGGAUACGUGAAUUAGGUAGCGAACCUGAAGUCAAUGGACUGAGACAACAGUACGAACGAAUGAGAGGGAUGGUUGGUGGACAAAGUCUCGAAGAUGAAAGAGAACUGCCACCACCGCCAACACCAAGCAAGUCACAAGAGCAGGUCUAUACACCCUACACGGACGACCCAGACCCAGAUUUAGAGGCUGGAAUACUGUUGCAGGAGCAACGGCGGCUGAUAGAUGGUAUGUCCUCAUCGUUGCAGAGGGAUGUUUCUUUGCAGAUAAACUCGGAAUUGAAUACCCAUACCGAGCUCCUUGACGGACUUGAUGAGGAUCUUGAUACAACACAUUCGAGGCUAAGCACUGCAAGGAGGAGCUUAGAGAGGGUAUCUCAGGGCGUGAAAGGAAAUGGCUCAACGGUGACAAUCGGAGUACUCAUCUUCGUGUUGUUGGUGUUGAUUGUCAUCUUCAAGACAUAG